GAGCGGGCCGCGCGCCCCUCGGCGGGUCCCACUUCUCGUCUUCUCCCCUGCUCCACUCUCGGACUCUGGGUGGGUCUGGGUCCCUCGCUGACUUUCCAAGUCAGCUCCUCCCGGUCCCUGUGGGCCUCACUGGCCCUGGCUCUGCGGGUCUCUGUGUACUUGGGUCUGUGUGUGUAUCUGUCUCUGUGCGACUCUUUGCAUGCCUCUGGGUCUCUGCCCGUCUCUGCCCAGGAUCACCUCCCUAUCCUCAGCCUGUCUGCUUCUGUCCCUGUGUGUCUCUGCGUAUCCCUUCUCCGCCUUCCUUCAUCUCUUUCUGUCUUUUCAUCUCUGAGUCUUCGCCUGUCUCUCCUGCGUGUGUCUCUGCCUGCAUGCGUCUCUGUGCAGUCUUUGGGAACUCUCCCCCUGGCUCUUGCUAUCUCUUUCUCUCUCUUCCUUUGGGGGAACUCAGCCCCUGCUCAGCCCUUGGGGCAGCCCAGGGCCCCAGUUUGUUUUGCUUUCGCACCCAGGCCGGUGGGGAGGGGUAAGGAAUGGAGGCAGAUGUUGGGGGAGUGGGGCUGGGAAAUCCCGUCCAUGUUCUUUUCCUCUCCUCCCCCAAGGCCCUAGGCUGUGCCUUCCAGGGCUCUGACCUGCCCUGCUCUGCUGGGGCCUCCAGGGAAGAUGCCUGGCUGUGUAGGCAACUACACCUCAACUCUUGGGGCCUCAGUUUCCUUUGCUAUUAAAUGGGGCCAUCUUUUCCCUGCUGUGGGCUCUGGCUCCCUGUGUCACAUGGUGCAACUGACCUAUCCUUUGGGCCAAGGUGGAGGUGGUUGCUCCUUCCUUUCUUUUUUCUGGGUAGGGCAAAAGGGAGCCAUGGGAAAGGGGCUGCCUUCAGCUCCCUCCUCUGCCCAGCUUUUGCACUGAUGUGUGGUAGAUCCAGGCUCCCGCCUUUCCCUUGCUAAAUUCUAGGGUAUUUCUUCUAUCCUCACUUUUAUUCCCAACUAAUGAUUGCACAGCCCCUCACUGUUCUCAGGGAUUAGAGUUAUUGUUCCCAUUAUGCGGGUGAGAAAAUUGAGGUUCAGAGAGGGAUGAUGACUUGCCCAAAGUCACAGACUGCGCUGGGGCUCUGUCCUUGUGGCCCCUUGUCGACAAGAUAUGACUUGAGUCUUGAGGGGCAGGGAUUUUUGGAUGGGCUGCUGUGGUCCUGAGCCAGAUGCGAGGAGACCCUUGUUCAGGAGAAGGCUCCGGAAUGGCUAGAGGUGAAGUGGCCAAGGUGGGAAUGUCUCUCAGGGCAAGCAGGGUUUCCUGGUGGUGGUGGGGCUGCCGGGGCCUUCAGAUGUGGUGGCUGAGAACUUGCCGGGGGCCUGGGGAGCCCAGAAGGGUGGCUGGUGUCCAGUGUCUCCCAGCUGGUUCCCUUCGUGCGCUGGGUGACAGUGUGAGUGAGCCCCUGUGAGGUGUGAGGUGGAUGGUGGGGACAGGUGAGUCAGGGACUGUGAAGUGGAGACUGGAGAUAUAUGGUGGGUCCUCCUGGCUGGAUCUGGGUUGGCAGAAGCUAAGGGCUCCCUGCUCAGGAGAGUGAGGCCCCAUUCCUAGUGGCAGCGUUGGUGUAGUUUGGGGCAAGGGGCUUGGUCACAAUAGGAGAUAGGUGAUCACUAGAGAACAAAUGGGUCCUAGAUCCUGAGUGGUGGCGAGCGUCAAAAGCAAGCGCGGACUUUGGACUGCCUUGCAUCCAGAUCCCUGUCCUGCCCACACCUUGCCCAUGGGAUGUCCAGUCUAUGUCACUUUAUAUCCUGAGCUCCUCCUGUAUGAGGGCCCCCUUCUAGGUAUUGAGGACACACCACAGUGACCCAAGUGGGACAAAUGCCUCUUCACUUGGGGUGCUGAGGUACUCGUGAGGGAGGCAGUGAAAAGCCAAAGCAGAAGAGUGAAAUAUGCAGCAGUUAGGAUGAUGGCCAAUGUUGGGAAUAUAAUAAAGUAGGGUGAGGGUAGGGAGUGUGGGGACAGGGAGCCGCUAGAGCAGGGUGAUUCAGGGAGGGCUUUGAGGAGGUGACUACUGAGCUGAGACCUGAGUAAUGGGGAGGAGCCCUCCUUGGGGAAUGCUGGGUGAAGCACUUUCCAGGUAGAGGGGCAGUAGAUGCAAAGGUCCUGAGGCAGGAGCCUGCCUAGUCAAUUGGAGAGCAGAAGGCCGUUGGGCCUGAAUCAAGUAAGCUGGGGGAGAGAGAGAGGAGGAGGACAGAGAGGGGCCAGGUGGUGAGGUGGGAGCUCAGAGAAGGCCCUGAGCAGAGGAUAGGACUGGCUAGACCUGGUUAGCUCUAAUACGGACAUGGCGAGGCUGGUGGGAAAGGGAAGGGCACUCCCCCGCCGCCCCCCGCACUGCCAGCCAAAUAGGCCACUCUGUCCUCAGGUGCCCUCACUGCCCCUAGUGCCCACAUGGGAGACUGAGGCUUGGAGAAUGUGGUGAUCCAAGCAAGCUGCAUAGAGGGCGCAGUCCCUGGCCUGGAUUGGUUGAGGCAGGAGGGAGGCUGGGGCAGCAGGCCUGGGAACACGGUUUCUUUUGAAAUGUGUGCCUUACUGAGGCACUGGUCAGGAGAUGCCUGCGCCCACUUGUGGUGUCCCGCGUUGGUGUUGAGGACAGGGUGGGAGCCCCUUCAGGCAGGCCUCGGGGGAUGAGUGGGAGUUCCAUGGUGGAUGUGGGAAGGUGGCCGAAAGCACGAGCCGGUGUAAGGAAGGACUGAGAACCCGGAGGGCUGGAGUCUGCCGUGGGACAGGCCUUGCCAGAAGGAGAGGCCCUGGGGGAGCCGGACGAGCUGAUCCCGGGUGUUGCCCUCCGAUCUCCAGUCGGGCCCGUGGGGAGUGCCACACACAUCAUAUGGGACCUCAGAAAGCAUGGCAGCUCAUCUCCAGGAGUGGGGCACAGAGCCCCACUCUGUGGGACGGGUAGGGUCGACUUCUGUGCCUGCACCUCGGGGUUCCUGCUUCUUUCUGUUGUCAGAGCUCUGCACACUGCGGGCCGGACGUGGAUGCAGAGGAGGACAAGGCCUUGGCCGGGGGAGGGCCUGUGAGGUGUGGGUUGCAGAUGUGAUCACCUGUUUCAGAGUUGGGAACAUCGAGGUGCUGAGCUCAGAUGGACGGGUGCCCGUCUUCACCGUGCAGCUACACUAGUCUGGAGGCUGCCUUGGGGUGGGCCUCAGGUGGGCCGGGGGCUUCGUGCCGCUGCCCAUGCCCUCCCCUCCCCCCACAGACCGUGGAGCAUGGCUUCCCCAACCAGCCCAGCGCCCUGGCCUUUGACCCAGAGCUCCGCAUCAUGGCCAUUGGCACGAGGUCUGGGGCCGUCAAGAUCUAUGGUGCACCUGGUGUGGAGUUUACCGGCCUGCACCGGGACACAGCCACUGUCACCCAGAUGCACUUCCUGCCCGGCCAGGGCCGCCUCCUGACCCUGUUGGACGAUAGCAGCCUGCACCUCUGGGAGAUCGCCCACCACAAUGGCUGUGCCCACCUGGAGGAGGCUCUCAGCUUCCAGCCACCGAGUCGGCCGGGCUUUGAUGGGGCCAGUGGCCCGCUCAGCCUUGCCCGCGUCACAGUGGUCCUGCUGGUGGCAGCUGGUGACAUGGCAGCCCUGGGCACUGAGGGCGGCAGCGUCUUCUUCCUGGAUGUUCCCACCCUGACACUGCUCGAGGGGCGGACUCUUGUCCCAGACGAGGUUCUUCGCAGCGUGCCAGACGACUACCGGUGUGGGAAGGCACUGGGACCCGUGGAGUCACUCCAGGGACACCUGCGGGACCCCACCAAGAUCCUCAUUGGCUACAGCCGGGGCCUGCUGGUCAUCUGGAACCAGGCGGCGCAGUGCGCAGACCGCGUCUUCCUGGGUAACCAGCAGCUGGAGAGCCUGUGCUGGGAACGCAGCGGCAGCACGCUGGUCAGCUCCCACAGCGACGGCAGCUACGCCGUCUGGUCUGCCGACGCCGGCGACUCCCCGAUGACCCAGCCCACAGUGGCCACCACGCCAUAUGGCCCCUUCCCCUGCAAAGCCAUUAACAAGAUUCUGUGGCGAAACUGUGAAUCUGGGGACCACUUCAUCAUUUUCAGCGGAGGCAUGCCCCGUGCCAGCUACGGUGACCGCCACUGUGUGAGUGUGCUCCGGGCCGAGACCCUGGUGACGCUGGACUUCACUUCCCGCAUCAUCGACUUCUUCACGGUGCACAGCACACGGCCUGAGGAUGAGUUUGAUGAGCCCCAGGCCCUGGCUGUGCUGCUCGAGGAGGAGCUGGUGGUGCUGGACCUGCAGACGCCCGGCUGGCCUGCCGUGCCCGCCCCGUACCUGGCCCCACUGCACUCGUCCGCGAUCACCUGCUCUGCACACGUCGCCAAUGUCCCCGCCAAGCUGUGGGCCCGCAUUGUGAGUGCUGGUGAGCAGCAGAGCCCGCAGCCUGCCUCCAGCUCCUCGAGCUGGCCCAUCACUGGGGGCCGGAACCUGGCCCAGGAGCCAUCCCAGCGAGGGCUACUGCUGACCGGCCACGAGGACGGGACUGUGCGGUUCUGGGAUGCCUCUGGCGUGGCACUGCGGCCGCUCUACAAGCUCAGCACAGCUGGCCUCUUCCAGACAGACUGUGAGCACGCUGACAGCCUGGCCCAGGCCGCCGAGGACGACUGGCCCCCCUUUCGCAAGGUGGGCUGCUUUGAUCCCUACAGUGAUGACCCUCGGCUUGGUGUACAGAAGGUGGCCCUGUGCAAGUACACAGCCCAGAUGGUGGUGGCUGGCACAGCAGGCCAGGUGCUGGUGCUGGAGCUAAGUGACGUGCCCUCGGAGCAGGCGGUCAGUGUGGCCAGCGUGGACCUCCUCCAGGACCGAGAGGGCUUCACAUGGAAGGGCCACGAGCGGCUGAGUCCGCGUACGGGACCGCUGCCGUGGCCUGCUGGCUUCCAGCCCCGAGUGCUUGUUCAGUGCCUGCCACCAGCUGCUGUCACCGCUGUCACACUCCAUGCUGAGUGGAGCCUCGUGGCCUUUGGCACCAGUCACGGCUUUGGCCUCUUCGACUAUCAGCGCAGGAGCCCAGUGCUGGCCAGGUGCACACUUCACCCCAAUGACUCUCUGGCCAUGGAGGGCCCACUGUCCCGGGUGAAGUCCCUGAAGAAGUCUCUGCGCCAGUCCUUCCGGCGCAUCCGCAAGAGCCGAGUCUCGGGCAAGAAGCGGACUGCUAAUGCCACCAGCAAGUUGCAGGAGGCCAACGCGCAGCUGGCUGAGCAGGCAUGUCCCCACGACGUGGAGAUGACCCCGGUGCAGCGCCGCAUUGAGCCCCGCUCCGCUGAUGACUCCCUCUCUGGCGUCGUCCGCUGCCUCUACUUUGCUGACACGUUCCUUCGAGAUGCGGCCCACCACGGACCCACCAUGUGGGCAGGCACCAACUCGGGCUCUGUGUUCGCCUACGCGCUGGAGGUGCCGGCAGCGGCAGGUGGUGAGAAGCGACCCGAGCGGGCGGUGGAGGCCGUGCUGGGCAAAGAGGUGCAGCUGAUGCACCGCGCCCCCGUCGUGGCCAUCGCCGUGCUGGAUGGCCGUGGCCGCCCACUGCCCGAGCCGUAUGAGGCCUCCCGGGACCUGGCACAGGCUCCCGACAUGCAGGGCGGCCACGCCGUGCUCAUCGCAUCUGAGGAGCAGUUCAAGGUGUUCACGCUGCCCAAGGUGAGCGCCAAGACCAAGUUCAAGCUGACAGCCCACGAGGGUUGUCGCGUGCGCAAGGUGGCACUUGCCACGUUUGCCAGUGUGGCCUGUGAGGACUACGCGGAGACCUGCCUGGCCUGCCUCACCAACCUGGGCGACGUGCACGUGUUCUCGGUGCCUGGCCUGCGGCCGCAGGUACACUACUCCUGUAUCCGGAAGGAGGACAUCAGCGGCAUCGCUUCUUGCGUCUUCACACGCCACGGCCAGGGUUUUUACUUGAUUUCUCCGUCUGAAUUUGAACGCUUCUCUCUGAGUGCCCGGAAUAUCACAGAGCCGCUCUGCUCUCUGGACAUCAGCUGGCCCCGAGAUAGCACCCGUGCCAGCCACAGGCUCCGAGAGUCACCCAAGCUGAGCCAGGCUAACGGGACCCCAGGCAUCGUCCUGGCCUCACGGAGCCGCGAUGGAAGCCCGGAUCCUGGCCACAGCAAGGAAGCUGACACCCCGGAGCCGCCUGAGGCCAUGCUCUCGCCCAUGUCCAUCGACUCGGCCACUAGUGCAGACACCACACUGGACACGACAGGGGACGUCACGGUGGAGGAUGUGAAGGAUUUCCUGGGCUCUUCAGAGGAAUCGGAAAACCUGAGGAACUUGGCAGAAGAUGAGGCUCGAGCCUGUGCCAUCCUGAUCAAAUAAGGAAGGCCAAAACUACGUGGCUCCCAACUGCCCUGCUUGGAGCUGGCAUCCAGGACUCCCUGGGCCCUUUGCCUAGACCCACAUCUGCUAACCUGUGGCCUCCACCAGGACCUGCCUGCCCGACCCCGGGGCGGUGCGGGACUGUGGGCCUAGGGCUCAGCCCUGAGCCUCUGGGGCAGAUUCGCAGCAGCCCCUCCUAUGGGCACCUGGUGGCCAGCUGCCAUGGGGAGAAGACAGCUGGGGCUGGCAAGCCUACGCCAGCUCCCAUCAACACACCGUCCUUCCCCAACCCCUUUGCAAAGAGUAUUUUUCUAACGCCUGUGCUGGGCUGGACGGGCAUUUCUAAAACUAUUUUGGUACUUGCUCCUGGGUCAGCACCCACCUCCACCCCCCAGUCUGUGCACGAGUGCGUGUGUGUGUGUGUGACCGCGUGAUUGGGGUCUAGUUAGAGCUGUGUGUAUGUGUGUGUACACGCGUGUGUGCAUGUGUUGGGAGGGGGGUCAGUCAGGAUGGGUUUCCCUGUAGAUUGUACCUUGGGGUUUUUUUUCUUGUCAU